CCCACCACCACUUUGCAACUGCCAAUCAAGUGACGUCAGCGUGUGCUCUGCAGGUGCAGGGAGAAAGCUGCUGCAUUGGUGCAAUAGGAGCCGAACGAAUACUGAGGGAUGGCAUCAGCUACAGACUCCCGUUAUGGGCAAAAAGAAUCCUCGGACCAGAACUUUGAUUACAUGUUCAAGAUCUUAAUUAUUGGGAAUAGCAGCGUGGGUAAAACCUCCUUCCUCUUCAGAUAUGCAGACGACUCAUUCACCCCAGCAUUUGUCAGCACGGUGGGAAUAGACUUCAAAGUCAAAACCAUCUACAGGAAUGAUAAAAGAAUCAAGCUGCAGAUCUGGGACACUGCAGGCCAGGAAAGAUACAGAACAAUCACCACAGCCUACUACCGGGGUGCCAUGGGCUUUAUUUUGAUGUAUGAUAUAACCAAUGAAGAAUCAUUUAAUGCUGUACAGGACUGGUCCACUCAGAUCAAGACAUACUCCUGGGAUAAUGCUCAGGUUUUACUGGUCGGUAAUAAGUGUGAUAUGGAGGAUGAGAGGGUAGUGUCUUCAGAGCGAGGAAGACAACUGGCAGAACAUCUAGGUUUUGAAUUUUUUGAAGCCAGCGCCAAAGACAACAUAAAUGUGAAGCAGACAUUUGAACGCUUGGUGGACAUAAUCUGUGAAAAGAUGUCGGAGAGUUUGGACACAGCUGAUCCAGCUGUCACUGGAGCCAAACAAGGACCUCAGCUCACCGACCAGCAGGCUCCUCCACACCAGGACUGUGCCUGCUAAGGAACAUGCCUUUCCCAUAUACACACAGCACUCCACACCCCUGCCCUUAUCUUCUGCAUAGUGGUGACCUCUCCUUCACUGACCUUGAAACCUGCAUAUCAUCUGAAAAUGACUUUGUCUGUUACAACCUUUUUAGUUAGAAUCUAUGUAGCAAUGAGAGAGUUAAAAAUUGAGUGGCUGAAUACAAAAUAUAGUUUAAAAUUAUAUAAAUAUUAUAUAUCUAUAUAGAAAGAGUUUAACAAACUGAGUGGGUACAACAAUUGGAUGAUUGGAGAAAUGCCAUGUUUUCCUCAAACAUCAUUCUAAAGAGUUUUGGAGGUUUACUGCACAAUAAAAAGUAACUUUUCAUAUAUUGCAUACCAGGGCUGAUUUUGAAGGAAAA